AUGGGGACUUCCAAGCUCCCGUCUCCGCUCAUCUAUCGUGCCCCUGUCGGGGCGGUUCGAUACAUCUCUACCAAGGAGCUCCCCAACAACAAGGGACCAUUUAUUCGCCUUUGCUACCGCAUUUUCGCAUGGACGGGCAUCUUCAUCGUCUUCUCCGGCACCUUGGUCCUCGCUUUCUUUCUUUACGAUGCCUCCACAUACCGCGAAGAACCAGAGCCGACGGGCGACAUCGCCGUGUCGGAAGCUGCUCUAUCACCCAGAAGAGGAGGGCCAAAGAACCUACCCAUCGCGGAGGUGCUAGUUGAUGACGAGGAUUGUGACCACAUGCGAGAGCAAAAGGACAAGCCUAAAUUGGUCGUUCUCGGCACAGGUUGGGGAAGUGUCGCCAUGUUGAAAGAACUUCACCCAGGCGAUUACCAUGUGACUGUCGUCUCCCCAGACAACUAUUUCCUGUUCACCCCCAUGUUGCCGUCUGCCACAGUGGGAACCCUUGAACUGCGAUCACUUGUCGAGCCGGUCCGCAGGAUUGUCAAUCGACUGAGGGGCCAUUUCUUGAAGGCCGAGGCCGUCGACAUCGACUUCACAGAAAGGCUGGUGGAGGUAGCUCAGGUGGAUGCGGACGGCGACCGGCAACAUUUCUACCUUCCCUACGACAAGUUGGUCAUUGGGGUCGGCUCCACGACAAAUGCCCAUGGUGUCAAAGGCCUGGAGCACUGCAACUUCCUCAAGACCAUAGAAGAUGCGCGCCUCAUCAAGAAUAAAGUCCUGCGGAAUCUCGAACUUGCCUGUCUGCCUACCACCUCUGAUCAGGAAAGACGAAGACUGCUGUCGUUUGUUAUCAGCGGCGGUGGCCCUACAGGUGUGGAGUUUGCCGCCGAAUUGUACGACAUGUUGAACGAAGACCUCUUGAAAUCAUUCCCCAGGAUCUUACGGAACGAAGUGUCGGUGCAUGUCAUUCAGUCACGAGGGCACAUCCUCAACACUUAUGACGAAGCCUUGUCGAUCUACGCCGAGAAGAGAUUCGAACAUGAUCACGUCGAAGUCCUCACAAAUGCGCGAGUCAAGGAGGUAACCUCUGACCGAAUCAUCUUCUCACAGAUGGAGGACGGGAAACCGGUGACAAAGGAACUACCCAUGGGAUUUUGUUUAUGGUCGACUGGUGUCGCGCAGACUGACCUGAGCCGCAAGGUCGCCGGAAAGUUGGGCGAGUUCCAGAACAACCGACACGCUCUGGAGACCGAUUCACAUCUGCGCCUCCUAGGAGCACCGCUGGGAGAGGUCUACGCUAUUGGGGACUGCGCAACGGUCCAAAACAACAUCGCCGACCACCUCACCACAUUUCUGCGGGGGAUGGCGUGGGAACAGGGUAAAGACCCAGAGAAAAUGCACAUCACCUUUCAAGAUUGGCGAAGUGUCGCGCAAAAGGUGCGCAAGAGGUUUCCCCAAGCGGCGGGCCAUCUCAAACGCCUCGACAAGCUUUUUCAAGAAUAUGACAAGGAUAAAUCGGGCACGUUGGAUUUCGGCGAAUUGCACGAAUUGCUCGUCCAAAUCGAUUCCAAACUGACUUCUCUUCCCGCCACCGCCCAACGUGCAAAUCAACAAGGCCAGUACCUCGGUCGGAAAUUCAACAAGAUUGCAGCCGCUAUCCCCGGGUUCAAAGCCAACGAGGUCGACUUUGGCGACCUAGACGAAGCCGUCUACAAGGCUUUCGAGUACCACCACAUGGGUUCGCUGGCUUACAUUGGAAACGCGGCCAUUUUCGAUUUCGGCGGUUUGAAUUUCAGCGGUGGGUUGAUGGCCGUUUACUUGUGGAGGAGUAUUUAUUUUGCGCAAAGUGUGAGUUUUCGGACGAGGAUGUUGUUGGCGAUGGAUUGGAGUAAGAGGGCACUUUUUGGAAGAGGUGAGUCUAACCGUUUCUCCUUUGUGGCCUUGAGUGAGGGUUAG